CAAAACACACCAGACAGCAUAUCUCUGUGAUCUCCCGGACUACUUCCAACGUGCACCGGCACGCAUAAUUCGACAUUGAGCUUCACCAUAAUGUAAAUAAUUUCACUAACACAAUAAAACAUCGAUAACCACCAUAAAAUCCGAGCAAAACAGAGCACAAAAAAUGUCUAUGACGAGUGACGAACGGACGAGACAUAGGAAACGAGCGACCGACUCGUACCUCGUUCAAACAAAGAGAUUAUUCAAGUCCUCAAGGACCAUUGAUGACUCUAAGAAGAUGAUUGAGUUCUUGGAGCUCAAAGAGGAGUUAUCCCUUGCGAAUAACAACUUGACGUAUCUCAGGGACGAUAUCUGGACAUAUCUAGGGAACUUGAGGGUUCUCAACCUCUCCGACAACUUUCUGUCCACUCUUCCAAGUGUCAUAUCACUCUUAAUUCACCUGGAAGACCUCGACCUGUCUAAAAAUCGAUUAUCGACGACUCCAGAUGUGAUUUUGACCUUCAGAUCUCUCAAGAAACUAUCCCUCAGGGACAAUUUGUUGACCGAACUCCCUGAUCUUGAGGUUUUAGAGCAUUUAGAGCAGCUGGACGUCUCAAAAAACAGUCUAGUCUCCCUUCCAGCCUCCUUAGCUUCCCUGACUCGAUUGAAACAGCUAGAUCUGUCAUUUAAUCACUUCAGGGCACUUCCAAUUUGUGUUCAACAAGGUCUAAGUAAUCUGGAGUACCUUGACGUCUCUGGGAACAUCAGACUCAGUCUCAAUACUCCAGUAAAGAGUCACAAACUCAAGUGGUUCUUUGCUAAGGAAAUUGCCUUCUGCCCUGCCUUCCCAAAAUGGAUCUUGUCAGGACAAUUUUCAGGAUUUGAGGAACUUAACUUUAAUAAAAGUAAGUUCGAUAGAUUCAUGCUGCCGCAGGUCAGUCAAAAAACAAUGAUCAGAAAGCUGAGCCUUCAGAGUUGCUCUUUGUCUGGUUUUAAUCUACAAAGAAUUCUGGCUAAUGUUAUUGGACUGAGGAUUCUGGAGAUUGGGAAUGAUAACUGCAGGAGUCUACAUAAACUGUGCAAUGUGUUCAAUCAAUGUCCCUUGAAGCACGUGAGGAAUCCUGUGGAGCUGGAGGAACUGGAGAUGAGGAACCUAGAUCUGCCUUUCGUGCCCAAGGGAAUUGGGAAGUUCAAGGGGUUGAAGAGGAUUGAUCUGGGAGGAAAUGAUCUCUCGUGGCUGUCUAAGGAGUUUUGUGGCUUGGAUAAACUGGAGACUUUAAUUGUUGAUAGGAAUUCCCUGGUGGAAUUUCCACAGGACAUUGGGAAGUUGAGGAACCUGAAGGAGCUGAGGGCUUCCGAGAAUCAUCUGGGGAGUCUUCCUGGGAGUUUUGGAGAGUUAAAGAGUUUGGAGAUUUUGGAUCUUUAUGAUAAUAAUUUUUCGGAGCUACCACCGGCGCUGGGGGAGUGUGUGGCACUCAAGGAACUGGAUUUUGAGAGGAAUUAUGCUGAUACUGAAAACUUUGUGGUGAACAACAUUCCCUGCGAGAUUCUAAGAGGACAUUUGAGAGAUAAAGUGAACGGUGACAGACUCGAUGGACCCAAAAAAGAGAUUACAGUGAGUUCACCAGAGAGUUGUCAAUCUGGAUAUGAGUCAGAGAAUUCUUAUGGUACAUCGAGGAACGUAUCCAACACUUCGUUUGUCCAGCAAAAUUGGGAUGAGUCAGAAGACUCCAGCGAAGAGUUCGACCCAUACAACCCACAGCCUCCAAGAGUGAAAACGACAUUUGUAUAUCUAAGUCAUAAGAAGUUUAUGUUUUGCCCAAACGACAUUCAUCCGCCCUCGAUGAGGGAACGUAUUCUCCUCGCAAGAGCCAAUGGAGACUAUCAACCUCUUUCACCCCCUGUGGAGGGUCAAUUCGAUGAUGCAUAACGUAAAAUGAUUAAUCGUGUUACUUCAGUAUUGAAGUGGUGGAACGUAAAAAGUCGAUUUUAGUCAUCUUGAUUCAUCUCUCCUUUAUCUAAUUUAACAAUGUCAUAAUUAUGCCAGGCUGUAUAUUAUUCACUGAUGGAGGUUGAUUAUGCGUUCGUAAACAUAGCACUUGAAAAUUUUUUUACAAUGGUUUUUCUAUCAAACGGCAGAGACUCGGGUGCGAUCUACCAUUAUUUCGAUAAUGAGUGGGUUCAGGGAGGAGUAUCAAGAGAUGUGAUGUGUAGAUGUAAAUAUUUUCAGUCAUACGUGUAUCCUGAAAAUUUCCCCGGUGGUGAAGACAUAUACCACCAUUUCAUCAAUGUUUACGUACGAAAAACCUUCAUAAAAAAUCCGAAUGUAUUCGCCAGAAAAUUUUAUUAGAUUUCUAAAAGACUUUUUUGGAAGCUAUUAGUUUUUCGUUGAUUCAGUUUGACAAAUCUGCAGGUUUUUUUGCACAUUUUGUGUUCAAUGGAAAAUGUCAGAGAGAAACUAUUUCAUAGUAACAAUUAGAAAAAUUUUCUUCCCCUCAGCCACCUAUUCUAUUGGGUUUUUUCAUAGAAAUGCCUUGGCGUCAAUUUCAUAAAUAUUUUUGUUUAAAUUUUUUAAUGGGAGAAGGAGAAAAAUCGCAAAUUAGCUACCCACUAGCCUGGAGACUGAACAGCAGCCACGAAAAAAUGGGAAUAUGAUAUACUAUAUUUUGAUAGUCUCAAGCUAUUUUUCUGCGCGCACAUAUGGAAAAAUGUAAUAAAAAAACCUUGCGCUUU